GAAGCUAUAAAGAUUAUUCAGAAGUUUUUUGUUGCCGCAGUGUUUGUGUGACAAACACCGACUGUUUAGAAGAAAAGUGGCUCGAGGAUUCGACUUUAUACCCUAAAAAACCUCAUGUGAACUAAAAUAUUUAUUACCUACAUAUUGCGUGUUUAAGGCAGCUUUUGUCAAAAUCAGCCCAGAAGAGCCGUGAAUCAUGGUCGCCACAAACAAAAUGAAGACUAAAAGUAUAGAAGCUUCGGUUGAAAGGCGAUAYGAGCAGGUGUGCAUGGAGAAAGAGCUAGAUUUCUGGGACCACUGCCUGGCUGAGCCCCAGGUGGCGGCGGACGUGACGGAGGACCGGACCAGCCACCAGCUGGCCAAGAUGCUGGAGAGCUGCCUGUCCCGGGCCAAGAAGACCACCCUGCACUGCUCCUCGGUGCUGGUGCCGGAGAAGCUGACGCGGCGGAUCGCCCGCGAGGUGCUGCGGCUGGCGUCCGGCGAGCCCUGCGGCCUGCGCGGCUGCGUGCUCUACGUGCAGCUGGAGCUGGAGAAGGGCCGCAAGCAGCUGGAGCGCAUCGCCUACGACUCGUCGGUGGUGCCCACCUUCGAGCUGACGCUGGUGUUCAAGCAGGACUGCACGGCGUGGCCCAGCCUGCGGGACUUCCUGCUCAUGGGCUCCUGCUUCGUGCCGGCGUUCAGGCACGUGCUGAAGCUGAGCCCGGGCUUCAGGCUGGUGAAGAAGAAGCUGUACUCCUCCUCGGCUGGAACCGUGAUCGAGGAGUGCUGAACUCGUGGGACACUGAGCCCCGCGUGGGUCGAUGCACUCGAGCCUGACUGUGGCGCCCCAGUGGCCUCACCUUUUUCUACCAUGGUUUUGUUCAACAGUUCAACUAUAAGCCAGAGUUGAAGGUGAAGUGAAACAUUGAGCCUUUUUUUAUCUCAUGUUGAAGGUUCGUAUUUAAUGCAGUUGUUACUCGAGCACAAUUUUAACAUGGAUUUUGUUUUUGUAAAUGUGUUCAGAAYGUGUUGGAGUGGGAUUAAACUUGGGGUACACUUCUGUUAAAGGCACGAGCCACUUUGUUGAUGCUUCAGAGGCAUCAUAUUGAGCAGUGAACACACCUGGGCUUGAUUAGGACAUGUUGUCUUUCAGGGGGCCAGGUGUGUGACGCUGUUUCAGACUGUUUUUUUUUUUUUAAAGAUGUUACGAUGCGAGCUUGUAUCACUAAGGAACCUUACCUUACAUGUCAUAGAAAGAUCACAGUGAUCAACUGGUUUUUCUGAAUGUAUUUUUUUUUUCGUUUUGUAUUUUUAUACUGCCCUCCCCACAGAUGCACCUUUUGCAAAGCAGAGCCUUUAAAUGGAAUAAAAUGUUUGCUUCACAUGAAUGUAUUGGGCUUGUUUAGGGUUUUUAACGUUUUAUCUUGCAAAGGAACAAGACUUGUUACACUUUAUUCUGGGCGACCUGCUGUCUUUUUAAAGAAUAAAGUAAUUAAACCUUUAA